AAAGAGCGUCCCUCGUUGACAGGGACGCAGAGAAUCCAAGUCAAAAACAGAGCGCUCCACGUGGCCCGAAGCAGCGCCUUGCCAAGCAGCAGAAGCUGGGGAAAGAGGGGGAGAGGCAGAUCGGAAGGGAAAGCGGCUGGGAUCCAGAUGUAAGGAGAGAAGGAUGAACAAUAGAAAGAGGAAGGAAGGUUUCCUCACCACUAGAACAGGGACAGUCCUGAGAAUCCAUUUCUCCUGGGCUCGAUCUCUCCAGCAGCUAAGACGACGUUCGGGUGAUCGGUUAGCAGCUGAGCUCCGCAGUGCCGUCCGCGCCUCUUUUUAUUUCCCGCCGGCACCGCGUGCAAAGCGGCCGGGCUCCGCCUCUGCCCGCGUCCCGUGCGCACGGCGCUCUCCCUGCGGCUCCGCCCCCCGCCAACAAACCGGCUGGUCGGGCGCUCGCCUGCGUGGCGGAGCGAUGCGGGAUGAUCAGUGGGCUGGCGGGCGCGGACACGCCUCGCUUUGCGCACCGGAGGGUUCUCACGGCCGUGUGCAGCCCAGGUGGGAGGGGUGCGGCCAUCCUCCAAAGCGGCCACCAAACGAAAAGAAAAAUGAAGAUGGGAGAAACUCCUUCACAGAAACUACAGGUUCAAGGCUACCAUACGCCGUAAGGCCUCCUGAUGCUUGGUUGUCACUUUGGGGAGCUAACUGGGAUUUCAUGACAGCUCGCUUCUAGCCCCACUGGAUUGGACAGACAGCCCUUCCUGGGACCCAGAGACAUGCUCCCUUGAAGCCUGGCUCCUAGUGGAUCCAGACAUGUGCUCAGAGUCAGCCUCAAACCAAGGAUUUCUUAGCUCUUCAUUUGAGUAUCGACUGCAAACCUGCGUCACCUUAGGUGCUGAGUGCUGACAGGCCUGGAGCUAAAGCAGAAUCCCUACAAAAGAAGAGGACAGUAUUAGUAUCCUUGAGGGAAAUCUGAAGCCUAUAUAAGUAAUUUAAAACCACAACCCUGAAAGGGGCAAUUCCCAAAGCCCAUGAGGACUGAGCAUUCUCAGUAGUCCCAGACAGUCAAAGGGAAAAGAAAAAAGGAGAACUCUUUUAUUUAUUACAUUUAUAACCCACCUUCUUCAAAUAAGAUCCAAACCAACACCAGCAAGUAGCCCCCUGGCCAGAUUAUUACUACCUGCUUAGUGCUGUUUACAUCUGUAAAAGCAAGAUUUGAGCUUGCUCCAAAGGUGUCAUUACGCCCCAAGGUGGUGUGUAUGCAUGUCUGUGUGUGCCUUCGACACAAUAGCCAGCAUGAACAGAUCACAACUGUUGAUUAUAUCAAUGUCAAAACCACACUGGGGUGGGAGGAGUCCCACAUUCAUGGUGAUUCUUGGUCAUGAUGCUCUUGGGGCAGCUGUAUGUGAUCCUCCUCUCAUUAUUUUUUGUGCCUGUGACAGUUUUGGGGCAGUCAUACUAUUGCACUUACAUUCAGUGCAUAAUGCCCUGUAGCUUCCUGCUGACAUGCCAUAAUUUCUUAAUUAUUCCAUAAUUUCAGUAGUGUUUUUUUUCUUUUUUUGUCCUGCUUUUUAGUGCUGGAGCCUGCCUGGACAGCAAUAAUACAUUCACAAUGGGGAAGCAGAAUGAAUCUUCCAUCAAUAGAUGGUUAUUGUGUCAGGAACCUGUUGCCCAAAAAACGCCAGCAUGGAGGGACCUGCAAGCACCCAGUAUUGCUCAGAGGAGACAGGAGUGAGUGGUGCAGGUACAUCACGUCAGAGACUGACAUAUGUGAGAGCCUAAGUGCCUCCACCCUUGAAAUUAGGCAUUUUGAAGAACUAUGAAAUUGGAUAUUUGGCACUCAAACAUGCAGUUUCACUUAAAAAACAACAACUUGUCCCACCCCAAAACUUUAGGUGCCUAUAGGCCUCCUAUCGUCUCAUAAGGCCAACAAACUGGGUUAGCUUUCCCUUUAUUGAGCUCACACGAAGAUGGAUUUGGUGGGGCGAUGCCCUCUGGCUAUAAUUCUAGUAGGAAUUGGUAUGUCUUUGAAUGUGCCGCUGUGUGUUUGGGCCUGUCUGAAAGAUGAAAGGAGUUUGUUUCCCUUUGAUGUACAUCGGUAACUUCUAUAAAUGUUAAUAGAAGGUGCAACAUGAUCAUAAGACAUGGGGGGGGGGGAACCAACCGUUGUCUCCCUUCCAGCUUCUCUGAGUAAUCUGGGAAGGAGGAACCUCAGAGCUAGGAAGGGCUUGAGUUGACAAAGUAUAGCCAGAAUUUACCUUGCUUCAUCUUGUGACCACCAUGUUCCCACUAAUCCCCUGGCACUUCUGUUCUUGGCAGGCACAGAUUCUGACAGGACGACCAUCAUCCUCCAGAUAAGAUCUAACAGGUUAAUAUCCAACAACAUGGGGAAAGUGCCCUUCCCCCGACUUCCCAGUUCAGGCUGGGAAAUGCAAAAUGAAUACCAGCAUGUGCUUUUGAGUCAAAAAUGUGUUGAUGUGAGUUGGAGGGGUAGGCUGUAUGCCUGAGCCCCCUGCUAAUUCAUGUAGCACGGAUUCAAUUUCUGGAAUAGUCAGGCUAGCUUUCUGGUUAGGUAAUGGUCUUCUAAGUACAGGCCAUUAAGGUAACAAAGGAAGUAGCUCUGUGCUAGAUACCAAAUGGGUGGGCUGUAGGCUAGGAUACAGAGCCAUGCCUGAUUUCUGUUGGAAUCCAAGGCUGUGGCUAUGAGAGAAGCCAGACCCUCUUGGGGUGUUACUGAUGUGAGCCUCUCCAUUGUAGGCUCAGGUGUAAAUAAACCAUAUACUGUAUCCUAAAGAUGCCACAGUCUCCGUUGUCCCUCAUUCCAAGGAAACUGAACCCUGGGCAAGCACCUGGAAGCCCUAAAUCUUGCAUGGCUUGGAGACUGGGGUGGCAUGCAACAGUAUUGCUAUUCUUUGGUAGCCUGGCACUACCACUGGGCAAAGUGAAGCCACUCCCUCAGGCAUGAGAUGCUGAGGUGUGUCAGUGACAUGGAGGACAGGGCUAUGUGUGUCACUUGCCCUCUUCUACACUCCUUAAGCUAGCCUGCUGACCACUCCUGCUAGCUACGGCAGUCUUGUGAUUUUUCAAAUCAUUUCCUUAGAGACCUUGCUGUCAUUACUAGUAGCGUGAGUAAAAAGAAACCCAUUAAACCUUCCUCUUGGCUGACGUUGGCCCUAAGCAUCGUCAAGCCUUGGAGAAAGGUAUUUAAGUUUUUGUUGCUUACUAAUUUUCAGAAUUAAAGGGAAGCUUUCAAGAAAGCCAGUGAAAUGAAUCUUCGUGAUGCUAAGGAGAUGCUUGUCUGGGCUUGUAACAUCCAACCACUUCGGUGUUUCAUAUAUAUUGGCACCUGAUUUACAAGAUCUGCAGUAAUCUCUUAAUGCACUGAUCAUGAGAAAAGCUAGGUAAAGAUUUUAAAAAAGAAUGGAAUUGUCACAAAACAUUUACCUAGGGAUAGCUGUUUAAUGUAUCUGUUUUUGCCUCACUUUCCCCCUUUAAAUGGCUCUGGGUGUGUCAAGUUAUCUCAUUUUAUCAGCACAACAACCCUCUGAGAAAUGUUAAACUUGGAGAGAUCAGUUUGACCUAGGUAACGUCUAGACAACCUAUUUAUUGAGCAACAAUCCCCAUUUAAGGGGAGACAUUGCUGUGCCAAGCAAUUGUUGUCCAACACUUUCCAGUGCAUUUUCCUAAGAACAUAAGAAUCUGCUGGGUCAGACCAAUGGUUCGUAUAGUCCAGCAUAGUGUUACUCACAGUGUCCAACAAGAUGCCUGUGGGAAAUUAGAAAGCAGGCACAUUCUCCCCUCCUGUGGCUUCCCACAACUAGUAUCCAGAACUAUUUCGACCUCUGUGGAAGCAGAGCAUAGCCAUAUCCUCCAUUUGUCCAAUCCUCUUGGCCAGGUUGAUGGCCAUCACUGCCUCCUGCAGGCACAAGUUCCGUAGUUUAGCUAUUCACAGUUCCUAUCACAUUCCUUACUGUAAGACAUUCAUGGUUUUCGUUUUGGUUGGGGUGGGGUGGGGGAGCAGUGUUAGCGCUGGAAUUUCACAGACAUUUUCUGAGAAGUCUUCUUUUUCACACAUCCUAGAAAAAAGGACGCGGGUGGCGCUGUGGGUUAAACCACAGAGCCUAGGACUUGCCGAUCAAAAGGUCGGUGGUUCGAA